AUGGCUCGGCUUCCAUUGCAGGGCAAGAAAGGCGCAGCAGCUGCGCAGGGAGCUGGCCCUGUGUCGAAACUGCAGCGCAUGAAGGUGAGCAAAGCUGCAGCUCUUGUAGCACCAGCUUGCCCGCCAGGCUGUGCCCUUGUGUCAGCGGAUCUUCUUCACCAACUUCAGCAAGAGGUUGGAAAGCAGCCAGCACCCACACCCGGGCGCCGCCCUGUCCACGACGUAGUCACUAUCCCCGUGCUUGCGCCCCAUGGCGAGCCGAAAAAUCAAGCACCCAGCGACGUGGUCAAAACUCGGCCUGUGGUUCGAAAUCCGAAGCGCCUUCAGAAAGGCCUAGGCCAAGGCCCAGCCCCAGGUGGCCAGGCCGCCCCGCCCGUGAGAAUUAUCACGGUCAGUGCCAAUGACGAGGUUCCGCCGCCACCAGGUGCCCGACAUGUCAGUGUCGGCACCGUCCAGGGCGUGGAAGAGGGAACGCAGACGUCAGAAGAAGAGAAGGCAGCAGCGCAGAUUGCCGCUCCGCCUGUUGUGUCUGAAGUUGCUUCGUUACCGCCUUCAGCUCGAGGUGAGGCAGAAGCAAGACCUGUAGCUCCAUUGCCGACGGAUGCUUUGCCGGCACCUCGCCAGGCAGCUGCAGUUCAGCAAGGCGAGACCUCGCAGCACUAUGGCCGAUCUGAUCCCUUUCACAUGGAUAGGAUCACGGCGGAGAAAGAUCGCGAUCGGAAGAGGGUCCAGGCCCAGAUGCUUGCAGAGCAGAUCCAGGAGCAAGGGCAGGUCUGGUGCGCUGCAGCGCCUGCCGUGUGGGACUUGGCCCGUCUUGCCGGCAUCGUCAGCCGUGCCACGCCGAUCGAAAUCAGCCUCGAUCCACGCUCCGAUUGCAGUGGGAAAGCCUGGUUAGGUGUCUCCUUCAGGGAACCAGUACCCGGCACAAAGCAGUUCGAGGUGAAGGCCGCCAUGACUUGCUGCUUCAACUUGGCUUCGCCUUCCCCUGCACAAGCUGAGGCUCCCAACACAGUGCUCAUAAUCACGCCGAACAUAUUCAAGAACGACGUCGUCAAGGAAGCAGAACAGGCACCAGAAGAGCUGAAAAAGUCAGUUGACAAGAUCUUCAAGGACAAGAGGUAUGUGAUCUACACAGAGGACCUCUGUGAAGAGUGCAAUGACAUGCUCAUGGAAAAGCUGAACCUGCGAAAUGCGGAUGAGAUGAAGGCGGCCUAUGAGAAGCGUGCCUUCCGCCGCAACAUAGACAUCAUGAAGUACAGCGCCAAAGUUGCGAAGGCAAGAACGCAGGCGGGAGUCAAGAGGAAGUAUGACUUGUGCAUCACCGCAGCCAACGUGGAGCACAGUCCUGACGGGAUGCCAGUAGUUGACCGUUUGUUCACCACAAUGUCCAAGCUUGCCCCAGCACUGUGCAUUGGGCGGAACUAUGGCGACAAGGUCUCCAACGCUGACGUGAGACAUUCCUUCAACAUAGUAGUUGUCCUCACGAAGGAUGCUCUCACAUGCCCAGACUUGAUGGGAGAGCUGAAAUCUGCGCUGGAAGCCGAAGCCAGCAUCCUCAUAGUGCACGAUUUGCUAAGCUGUCCGGACUUGAAGGCUGAGAUUGAGAAAUGUGAGGACAAAGUAGUUGCAUCGAGCUUGAUGCGCUCUGCGCGCUUCGUCUACAUGUCGGAGGUAGUCACAAGCGUCGUGCUGGGAAUCUUGUCGCCUGGCACAGUGGAAACCGACGACGCCAAGUCUCCGCGAACAAAGCAGGCACUGUCCUCCGGAGGCGGAAAGCAGUUCCGGCUGGAGUACAAGAAUUGCUUUGCUCUGGAUUUGGCCAAAGACGGCACGGGGCAGGUCUACAACACGAAGUUCAGCGACAAGAAGAAGGACUUGCCGGGCGACAUUGACUCUGCCAUCAAAGCCUUGUUUGAGCUGUAUGAUCCAGCCAAGAAAGGCAGCAUCGGAUGGCCGCAGUUUGCAGAAGUCGACCGCAUUGUGACCGAAUGCCUGGGUGGCCAAUACGAAGAGAUGAUCUCGCGCAGAGCCUUCUCCAUGAUGAACUACCCAGGGUUGACCCUGGAGUCGGAGAUCUCUUUCACAACCUUCCACAACUACCAUGCCUUCGUGGCAAAGCAGAUGGGUGCGUUGGAAGGUGACAGAGAUGCAAGCAUGCACUACAAGUACAUUGUGGACAAGGUCAAGAACUCCAAAAAGGGAAAGCGCUUCCUGAAGCUCUUUGACCUGUACAUCGUGCAUGAUGAAAGCAAGGAGUCCAUUGCCUUUGCCAAAGCGCUCAAAGUCUCCAUAAAGGAUCACACGCCAAAUGUUCGCACAGCAGUCUGCAACGAGAAGGUCCCAGGGAAGGACGACAUGGCUCGCACCCAGAUUGCGGCGCAAAGUCUGAAUGUCCUCAUUCUGCUCCAGGAAGACUGCCUACUUAAGGAGGAAGUGGCCAAAGAUGUCGUCGCUGGAGCAAAUGAGGGUGCUCAGAUUCUUGUGCUGGUGAACAUGGAGAACAGUCCUGUCCUGGAGAAGGAAAGGAAAAAGGCAAAUGCAGAGGUGCAGACAGCGCUGUCGAGACCUCCGGUCGUGGAGUAUUGGAAGGGCAGUGACCAGGCCUGUUGCUGCAAGCUGUUGGACCUGAUGUCCUUCCCGGUUGAUGCGAAUGCGAAGCGGCCAUUGCCGAACAGGAAAGCAACCUUCCGGCAGAAAGAAAAUCCCGUGGUCCUGUUCCUCUACCAGCAGUGCGAGGAGGAUGCGGUGUGUGGUCAGGCGAUGACCGCCUUGGCAAACUUGGUCAGUCCUAUCAGCAAGAGCGGCGAUCUUACCAGGGCAGAGUUUCUGCGAGAUGGUGGCUGCGAUGUUCUGCAGGAGCGUUUCUCCUCGUUCCUCUCAGUCUCUGCAGUUGCGGAACCUGCUGCGCGAUGCGUCGCGAAUUUGGCUAUGUAUCCGCCUUGUGCACGAAGGAUGGCCGAGUUGGGCACAGUCAAGACACUCAUCGAAGCAAUGCAGUCGCACGUGGACUCACCCAACCUGCAGGGAGAUGCGUGCUGCGCCAUUGUGAACAUUGCUCAAGACGACGUGGGCAAAAAGAAGGUCAACGAGCUAGGCGGUUUCCAGCAAAUGCUGCAAUCACAGAAGCGCUUUGAAUACAACGCCGAUUUCUGGGAGAUGCGAUGGGGGAUGAAGGAGUUGACGGAGGGUGACACCGUCAUGGUGAAUUAUCAUGGUAAAGGACGUUGGGUGACCGGAACGAUCACGCGAGUCAACAAGGGCAAUGGUGCCUACGAUGUUGAGUACAUGCAUGGCGGGAACGACCGCAAAGUACCCACCAACCUGGACAUGAUUGAUGAGUUCGUGGCCGUUUGGCAGUGGAAGCCUGAAGGCAAGCUGACGGAAGACGAGCUGACACUCAAGGCUGAUGGAAUCCUGACCUUGAAGCGAGAAGGUCAGGGAGCCGCUGGGACCUGGAACGUUGCAGAGCCCAAGGGCGGGGGCCGCAACCUGGUGAAGAUUAAGCUGUCUGUGGAGCCCUUCUCCUCCAUCGAAAUGGAGCGUAUUUCUCUGACCACGCUUCGCUCAACAAGCGGACCGCAGAGAGCAGUGCUCAAGGACUCGUUGGAUGACUGUCUCUAUGUGGAGUACUUUGAGUUCCCUGAGGGGUUGGAUGCUUUCAAGAAGCCCCCGCCCCUCCUGGGCCGAAAGCCUGACAUUUCCCGAUCCGAGCAGCAGAUCGAUUGGGUGAAGACGGAUGCGCCUUGGACGGGGCUGCCAGCCAACUUCAACACGAACUUCGCCGCGAGGUGGAAGGGGGUGGUUGAAAUCACCAAGAUGGGCGACUAUCAGAUUAAGCUGGAAGCGGCGACGAGUUCGAUCUUGAGGCUUAAUGACAGGGUGGUGAUUGAUGGCUCUGGGGAAUGGCAGGGCAAGCUAUUGGGAGGCCCCAACCGCAUUUACAUGGAUUUCUUUGCAAAUGAGGCCUCGAAAUUCGUCCAGUUGUCAUACUGUGGGCCAGACACCGGUGAUGAAUGGAGCGUCAUGCCUGUUGCAGUGCUGCAGCACGAUUUGGAAUCAUGCCAGGUGGUCCCAAAGCCCGGCUUCAUUGCGGAGUACUUCCCUGAGGAUUACGAAGAUGGCGUCAUCCCAGAAGGCAUUGACCCGGACAUCGUGCGAACCGAGAAGCAGCUUGACUUCGAGGAGGUGGAGACGCCUUGGCAGGGCCUUCCAGCACGCUACGCGGGGCCAUUCGCAGCGCGCUUCACAACGUACAUCAACGUCACCUGCGGAGAUGCUAAGAAGGCCAAGUAUCAGUUCAUGCUCGAAUCCGGCAUGAAAGCAAUUCUGUACAUCAACGACAAGCAGGUGUCCUUGGAGGACAAGCCUGUGGACAUCGAGCUGAAGAAAGGGCAGCACCUGGUCCGCGUGGACUACUUCUGUCAUGGCGGUGAGAAGCAUGGCCUGAAGCUCUUCUACCGUGGGCCCGAGACGAUGCCCAAGGCGGAGGACGGAGAUGAGGUGCCAGAGGGUGCUGGCAAGAUCCUCGUCCCUCCCACAGCCACCUGCUACUACGCGCUGCCAUCCUGCGCGCAGCCGAAGGGCGAGCCGCUCAUGAAGCAUGACAAGGCUGUUCACACCGUCCUGUGGUCGGAAGACGAUUCUCGCAUUGCAUCCGUGGGCGGUGCUGGCAAGAUUCACUUCUGGGAUCCGCCUACAGGACGCUACGUUGACAGCACUGAUGUUGGUGGCAAGAUUACGACAGCUGCAGGGGGCAAAGACAAGAUUGCCUUGGCUAUGGAUGACGAUGACAGAGCUAUCAAAAUCAUUGACUUUGCCACGAAGAAGGAGAUCCGCGUCCUCAAGCACGUGCCGCAAGACCUGCCAGAUGAGGAGCCGGCAGAGCCUGAGCUUGACGAGAACGGUGAGGAGAUUCCACCGCCCGAGCCUCCAAAGAAGCUCGGACCUCACGAAGGUCCGGUUCGCAUCAUUUGCUUCAGCAGGGAUGGCAAGUUCAUCGCGUCUGGCAGCGAGGAUGGCGUGGUCAAGCUAUGGGACAUGAACACGGGUGAGGAGCUGAUGACAAAGGCAAUCGUGCAGAACACGAAGGAGCAUGGUGAGACGCCGGUGGCAAUCCACUCAGCGGGCUUCUGCGGCGAUGGGACAAGGCUUCUGGUGGGCAGUAACGAGAAGCACUUGCGCAUUUACAACACUGCUGCUCGCGAUGAGCUGCGCGGUCCGAAGAAGCUCCUCCCGAAGCCUGCUGAGCCGGAGGAGGGGUGGACCGAGGAGAACCCGGAGCCCGAGGAUGAGUACGAGGAGGGUGAUCCCGUCUUCUUGGCCUGUCACAAAGCACCUGUGGUCUGCCUCUCCUUCUCACCACUGGAUGGCAACCGCUUUGCGACUUGCAGUACAGAUGCAACAAUCCGGAUCUGGGAUCUGGUGAACAGUGAGUAUGAUGCCGAGCUGAAGCAGGUCAUUGAUCCCAUUCAGUGUUUGUCGGGCUUCGUGACCUGGUCACCGGAUGCCACUUCGCUAGUGUCUUCAUCAGAGGAUAUCUACGUCGGGCUUUUCUCCGCCGUCAGCGGACAGCGCAGAGCUGAUCCCUUGCAGGGCCACUUGGCAAGCGUGCGCUACUCUGCAUGGGCUCCGUGCUCGCAAGCAUUUGUGACUUGCUCUGAUGACCACACAGUGCGCUUGUGGCACUUCCUAGUCAACAGGAACAUCACAGAAAUCGCUGUUCUGGAGGGUGAGCAGAUGGAGUUCAACGAUGACAUGCGUAAGUGGAACGAGAGCUUGCACAGGAUUCGAAAUGAGUUCAAGGACUACAGCAAGGGAUUGUCGGACUAUGAGAGCGAGGUGUAUAACCUGAAGAAGAAUCUUGACGAGGCCUUGAAUAGGACGAAGUCCUACGUGCAGCGCGAGCAACUUCUCGGCCUGGAAGUGACGGACUACUACGAGCUUGAUGGAAUGAUCGAUGACUUCAACCCCUACUACCUGCUCUGGAGCACAGUCAUCGAGUUCCAACGCUCAGAAAGGAAGUGGACACUGGAGCCGAUCUCGUCCCACAACUCUACAGAGGUGGAGAACACCAUUGACAGCUGGUACAAGCUGGUCUAUAAGAUGAUCAAAGACUUUGACAACGACAACAUGAGGGCUGCGCAGAAGAUCGCCAAGGAGCUGCGUCAAGGCCUGGAGGAAUUCAAGGGCCGCUUCCCUUUCCUGCGCUGCUUCGCCAAUGAGUCGGUUUUGGACCGGCACUGGAAGGAGAUGUUCGAGCGCAUGGGAGAUGCAGCUCCAAAUCCAUCGCUGUACGGCAAUGACUACAAGAAUGUAACGCUCCAAAUGAUGUUGGAUCAUAACAUCAACGAGUUCACGAACGACUUUGAGGAGCUGUCAACUGCAGCAGCCAAGCAGCAUGGUCUGAAAAAGGCAAUGGGCAACAUGAAGGUGGAGUGGCAGCCUCUCGAGUUUUUGACGGCAGAGCGAAACGGAGUACCGCUCCUCCGUGGCAUUGACGAAAUUCAGACGGUCCUGGAUGACCACAUCUCCAAGACCCAGGCUAUUCGAAGCAGUCCCUUCUGCAAGCCGUUCGAGGCGGAGGUGCACGAGUGGGAGCGAACUCUGAUGUACAUCCAGGAUUUCAUCGACCAAGUCAUCGGUUUGCAGAGGAGCUGGAUGGCUUUGGAGCCAAUCUUCGCAUCGGACGACAUCAAGCGCCAGCUUCCACAGGAAUCAGAGUCCUUUGCGCGGAUUGACAGCAAUUUCCGGAUGCGCAUGGCGCAAGUGGACUCCAACAAGAACUGUAUCGCAAUCUCCAAGAUCGAGAACAUCGUGGAGGACAUGACAGAGGCCAACGUGACAAUUGAGAAGGUCCAGAAAGGCCUGAAGGACUACUUGGAGACCAAGAGGCUUUACUUCCCUCGCUUCUUCUUCUUGAAUGAUGCUGACCUGCUGUCAAUUCUGGCAGAGACCAAGGCACAGCUGUGCAGCUGCCAAGAUCCUACGCUGGUGCAGCCUCACUUGAACAAAGCCUUUGAGGGCAUUGCCAAGGUUCGCUUUGAUUCCAAGAACGAAAUCAUCGAGGCUAUGACUUCCGGUGAGGGUGAGACGGUCGAUUUCACCAACAAGGUUGACGUCAUGAAGCCUGGGAACGCCGGUGCGGUGGAAUGCUGGCUGGUGGAAGUGGAGGAGUCCAUGAUGGACAUUCUGCGUGAGGUCACUGACAAGUCCAACAAGGCAUACCCGACUGCAGACCGAGUGAAGUGGUGCUGCGAAUGGCCGGGCCAGGUGGUGCUCGCCACGGACAUGAUAUUCUGGACGUCGGAAGUCACUGAUUCCCUUAGAAAGGGCGCCAUUGCGGAGUACGAGAAGAAGCUGUUUAAGCAGCUGGAGGACAUUGUCGUGCUGGUUCGAGGAGAGAUGACCAAACUGAACCGUGUGACUGUGGGUGCUAUGGUGACUCUGGAUGUCCAUGCGAGAGACGAGGUCACGAACUUGGUGCAGAAGCGUGUGGACUCGCCAGAUGAUUUCGCCUGGCUGUCGCAGCUGCGAUACUACUGGCAGGACAAGAAUUCAUUCGAAAGAAUUGAUACCGGAAAGAUGAAUGAGAAGAUGGAGUGCAAGGUCUCCAUUGUCAACUCCACUUUACUUUAUGGCUUCGAGUACUUGGGAAAUUCGCCUCGUCUUGUCAUCACGCCCCUCACAGACAGAUGCUACCGAACGCUGAUGGGCGCCUUUGCGCUGUAUUACGGUGGAGCACCUGAGGGACCAGCAGGGACGGGAAAGACCGAAAGUACAAAAGACUUGGCAAAGGCCUUGGCGAUCCAGUUGCUCGGCUCUGUAAGCAGUGAUUCCAUGGACUACUUGCAGUUGGCCAAAUUCUUCAAAGGCCUGGCGUCAAGUGGAUCAUGGUGCUGCUUCGAUGAGUUCAACCGGAUCUCGCUCGAGGUGUUGUCGGUGGUUGCUCAGCAAAUUCAGCAAAUCUCCCUGGCCAUCAAGCGGCGCGUCGAGAAGUUUGUCUUCGAGGAGACCGAGAUCAAGUUGGUGCCAACAUGUGCGGUGAAUAUCACCAUGAACCCUGGAUAUGCUGGCCGAUCUGAGCUUCCGGACAAUCUGAAGGCACUCUUCCGGCCGUGCGCUAUGAUGGUGCCGAACUAUGCUUUGAUUGCAGAGAUCCGCUUGUACUCUUUCGGGUACUCCGAUGCCAAGGUCAUUGGCACAAAGGCCACCAUGGCCUUGAAACUGUCAUCAGAGCAACUGUCCCCCCAGCGCCACUACGACUUCGGCAUGCGAGGUUUGAAUGCUCUGCUUGUUGCGGGUGGAAAUGGUAAGCGUACGUACGGCGACAAGUACCCAGAGGACGUGAUCGCCUUGCGAUCCUUCACGGAUGUCAACCUGCCAAAGUUCACCACAGCGGACUUGCCCUUGUUCAAGGGCAUCAUUGGUGACUUGUUCCCGGGCGUAGAGCUCCCGCCAAGCAACGCAGGCAAGCUCCUUGCAACAAUUGACAUGAUCGCCGAAAAGAGGGGCCUGCAACCAACAAAGCCAUUCACCACCAAAGUCAUUCAGCUAUGGGAGACAGUGCUUGUCAGGCACGGCCUGAUGACAGUUGGGAUUCCUCCAUGCGGGAAAACCAACGUCAAGAAUGUGCUUGCAGAGACUUUGGGCGAGCUGGCAGAUGGAGAAGACAUGAUGCCCGUAACUCAGUACGUCAUGAACCCGAAAUCAAUUACGCAGGGCCAGCUAUACGGAGAGAGCGACUUGAACACGCAAGAGUGGACAGAUGGCGUGUUGGCAAUCGCUGUCCGAGAGGCAAUGAAGGCAUUUGGUGAUGGUCGCCGUCAGUGGGUUGUCCUGGACGGGCCAGUGGAUGCCAUUUGGAUUGAGAACAUGAACACAGUCCUUGACGAUAACAAGAAGCUGUGCCUGAACAGUGGCGAGAUCAUCAAGCUCUCCACAGUGACCACGAUGUUGUUCGAAGUCAGGGAUUUGGACUAUGCCUCGCCAGCAACGGUGUCACGCGUGGGCAUCGUGUUCCUGGAGCCCGACACAGACUUGGGGUGGAAGCCGAUUGUGGACUCCUGGCUGCUCACGUUGCCUGACUACAUCAAAGAGGAGCACAGGGACCAGCUGUUCUCGUUGUUCAACAACUACUUUGAGGUCCUCCUUGAAUGCACGCACCGGGUACGUACUCCUUUUGCAGUCUCUGAUGGAUGGCUUUGCUGCAUGGCGACCAGGAUGAUGGAUGCUUUGAUCUCCGAUCAGACCGAACAGUUCUGCAAGCCCGAAGUGAAGAUCCCUGAGGGUGAGGAGCCAGAUGACGACAUGGACUUGGGGCAGAACUUCAUGGACAGAGAGAUCAUGAUUUUCCAGCUUUUCUGGUUCACCAUGACUUGGACAUGUGGUGCAUGCACUGAUUCAGACGGGCGCCUGUUCGUGUGUGACAUUAUUCGCCAGUGCAUGGACAACAAGAAGGACCUGCUGCAGAAGUUCAACUUUGUGGCAGACUUUGCAAAGGUAGACAUCACUGGUGGCGGUUCCAUGCCAUCUGCACCCCGCAAGGGCUUGCUGCAUGACUCCUUCAUUGACCCUGUUGACGGUGGUAAGUGGAAGCCAUGGACCGAGCGUAUUGAGGGCUUUGACAUUCCCAAGGACACGCCAUAUCACACCAUUGUCGUCCCAACGUCUGACACUUGCCGCAAUCAGUUCCUGAUCCGAACAUUGAUCGAGAGAGGCUACAACAUUCUCAUCAGCGGACCCACAGGCACGGCCAAGACAGCCUCCAUCCAAGGCAUGUUGCUGCAAGGUUUCAGCGCUGAUGGUUACUCCACCAAUGCUUUUGCUUUCUCGGCCCAGACUACAGCCAACCAGACGCAAGAUGUCAUCGAUGGCAAGUUGGACAAGCGCAAGAAGGGCACCUUCGGACCACCACCGAACAAGAAGAUGCUGGUGUUCAUUGAUGACUUGAACAUGCCCUUCAAGGAGGAGUAUGGGGCUCAGCCGCCUAUCGAGAUUUUGCGACAGAUGUUCAUUCUGACGCCAUUCGGGUACGGAUGGUAUGACCGAAAAGGAUGGGAGUUCCGCCAGCUGAUUGACAUCCACAUGCUGGCCGCGAUGUGCCCACCUGGCGGAGGCAAGAAUGACAUCACUGACCGUUAUUCUCGAUGGUUCAACUUGCUGUUUGUGACCCCCUUCGAUGAGGAAAGCUUGAGCCGCAUUUUCGUUACUGUGGUCAACAAGUUCAUGAGCGUCAUGGCACGUGAUGUCCUGGCAGCAGCUUCUGGCGCCGUCACGGCUACACUGGAGGUCUACACCACGGUCCUGAAGGAAUUGUUGCCAACUCCAGCCAAGUCGCACUACACUUUCAACAUGCGAGACGUGUCCAAGGUCUUCCAGGGAAUUUGUCAGUGUUCACGCGAAUCCCUGCCAAAAGUGGAUGAUCUUGCCAAGUGCUGGCUGCACGAGUGCGAACGCGUCUUCAAGGACCGUCUUACCACCAAGCAGGAUAUGAACUGGUUCACAAAUCUCUGCAAACGGAACAUGGACAAACACCUCAAGCGCCCAUACGACCAGGCUGUCAAGCUAGAGCCGGUUAUCUUUGCAGAUUUCUGUGAUCCGAAGUCCAGUGCUUAUGUGGAGAUUCAGGACCAUGAGAAACUCGCAGGGAAGGUGCAAGAGUGCCUGGACGACUACAACUCGGUUAGCAAGAUUCGGAUGGAGCUGGUGCUUUUCAUGAGCUUCAUCCAGCACAUUUGCCGUGUGAUCCGCGUGCUCCGUCUUCCGCUCGGCAAUGCACUACUUGUCGGCGUGGGUGGCAGCGGGCGUAAAGCAACCACCACGCUAGCAACUUAUGUUGCACAGUACGAGCUGUUCCAGAUUGAGAUGUCUAAGGGUUACGGCAUGAAUGAAUGGCAUGAUGACAUGAAGCGCAUGUUGAUGAAGAGUGGCUCCAUGGACACCAACACGACGUUCUUGUUCUCCGACACGCAGAUCGCCAAGGAAGCUUUCCUAGAGGAAGUGUCCUCCAUCCUAAACACUGGUGAAGUGCCGAACCUCUACGCCAACGAGGACCGUCUGGAGAUUACUGAGAAGUGCAGCAAAGGCGCGAAUGCAGUUGGAAAGAAUACGCCUGCAGAAAUUUUUGGUUGGUACGUCGAGCAGUGCCGCAAGAAUCUCCACAUCGUGAUCUGCAUGUCGCCAAUUGGAUCCGCAUUCCGAAAUCGAUUGCGCAGUUUCCCCAGCUUGGUGAACUGCUGUACCAUCGAUUGGUUCCAUGAGUGGCCUGCAGAUGCCCUGUCUGCUGUUGCAAACCAGUUCUUGUCCAAGGACAAAGACCUUGACUUUGAUGACACUAUCAGAACCAAUGUCACCAAAAUCAUGGUGCAGGCGCAGCAGUCAGUGUUUGCAUUGUCAGAGAAGUUCUUGGCAGAGGCUAAACGCCAUUUCUAUGUGACUCCAACAUCGUACUUGGAGUUGAUCAGCUCCUUCAUCUCGACCCUGAAGUCCCGACGACAGAUCGUGCAGAAGGCCAAGUGGCGAUACGACACAGGACUCGACAAGAUCAAUGACGCCAAGGAGCAGGUGUCUGCCCUGCAGAUUGAGCUGAAUGACCUUGAGCCUGUGCUUGAGAAGGCUGCGCAAGAGACUGGCGAGAUGCGAGAGAGGGUCGAGGCUCAGCAGGCUGGUGCAGUUGAGAAGAAGGCAGUGGUGGAAGAGGAAGAAGCCAAGGCCAAUGCCCAAAAGGCCAACGCUGCAGCAAUCAAGGCUGAUUGCGAGAAGGACUUGGCAGCUGCCCUGCCAGCCUAUGAAGCUGCCUUGGAGGCCCUGAGUAAACUGUCCAAGGGUGAUGUGGGUGAGGUCCGAGGUAUGAAGACUCCACCUGCUGGUGUGGUUUUGACCGCGCAAGCCAUGUGCAUUAUGUUUGAGGUCAAGCCUGUGAAGGUAGCAGCAGCAGAUGGCAAGGGCAAAGUGGAUGACUACUGGGAGGCUGCCAAGAAGGAGCUUUUGGUCGACCCAUCGCUAAUCAACCGUAUGGUGCACUACGAUAAGGACAACAUCCCUGAUGCCGUCAUCAACAAGGUGAAGCCUCUAUAUGAUGAUCCGGAGUUCGAGCCGGAGAAGAUCAAGAAGGGCUCACUGGCGGCAAUGGGUAUUUGCAAGUGGGUGCGAGCAAUGGUUGUGUACGACAAAGUCGCAAAAGAAGUGGGGCCCAAGCGGCAGAAGUUGGCCGGAGCCGAGGCAGAAGUCGCGGAAGCGGAAGCAACAGUUGCGGCCAAGCAGGCUGAGCUAAAGGAGGUCAUGGACAUGGUGGCUGAUCUUGAAGCACAGCUCCAUGAGGCCAAUGAAAAAGCCAAGGAGCUCCAGAGAAGUCAGAAGGACUGUGCCGCCAAGUUAGCCAGAGCAGAGAAGUUGAUUGAUGGACUGGGAGGAGAACAGGCAAGUUGGACCUCAAAGAGUAAGAAGUUAGGCCUGGACUACAACAACCUGACGGGCGACAUCUUGAUUGCUUCUGGAAUUCUUGCAUACCUGGGAGUAUUCACAAGUCAGUACCGCAAAGAAGCCUGCGAUGGAUGGCUGCAGAAGCUGUCUGACUUGAAAAUCCCCGCCAGCAAAGAAUUCAGCCUUCAGAAAUGCAUCGGAGACGAGGUGAAGAUCCGCCAGUGGGUGAUUGAUUAUCUGCCGAAUGAUUCGCUGUCCAUCGACAAUGCCAUCAUUUUGGACAACUCGCGCCGUUGGCCGUUGAUGAUUGACCCACAGAUGCAGGCCAACAAGUGGACCAAGAAGAGUAACCCUGAUAUCAAAGCUCUGCGCCUCAACAUGCCAUACAUUCGGGAUCUGGAGAACUGCAUCCAGUUCGGUACCCCUGUGCUCAUUGAGAACAUCGAGGAAGCACUGGAUGCCAUCCUUGACCCAGUUCUGCAGAAGGCCACCUUCAAGCAGGGCACACUGACCAUGGUCAGAUUGGGCGACUCCACCAUUGAGUGGUCCAAGGAUUUCAAGCUAUACAUCACCACGAAGUUGCCCAACCCGCACUUCCCGCCUGAGAUCUGCGUCGCAGUCAGCAUCCUGAAUUUCAUGGCGACGCAGGAUGGCCUCCAGGAUCAGAUGCUUGGAAUCGUCGUGGCUGCAGAGGAGCCGGCAACAGAGGAGAAGCGCGUGAACCUAGUGAUCGAGUCAGCCAAAGCAAAGGCACAGCUGAAAGACUUGGAGGACAAGAUCCUUCAGCUUCUGAGCUCUUCUACUGGCAACAUCUUGGAUGAUGAGGAGCUGAUUGAGACCCUGUCGAGCUCCAAGAUCAUGGGAACCAAGAUCGAGGAACAGGUGAAGCAGCAGGAGAUUACAGCUGUGCAGAUUGCGGAGGUCAGACAAGUGUACAAGUAUCAUGCCCUCCGGUGUGCAGCUCUUUAUUUCAUCAUCGGCGACCUUUGCAUUGUCGACCCCAUGUACCAGUUCUCUCUGGAUUGGUUCAUUGCGAUGUUCAACCAGUCCAUCAGGCUGGCAGAACCGAAGGAAAGCAAGGACGAACGCUUCGUAGAACUCUUCCGCUCAUUCAUUCAGUUGCUUUUCGUCAUGGUUUGCCGUGGCCUCUUCGAGAAAGACAAACUGUUGUAUGCUGUGAUGCUCUGUCUGAAAUGCCAAGAGAUGGAGAAAGAGCUCAAACUGAACGAAGUGAUGGCUUUGCUCACAGGCCUGCCCGGUGCUGCCAAGGAAGAGAAGCCAGCUGACUCAGGUUGGCUCACCGUUGUGAGCUGGAACCGUAUCAACCAGCUGAUGACUCUGGGUGAUGUGUUCGAUGGCUUCGUUGGAGAGUUCGCGGCCAACAUCAAGCAGUGGCAGGAAGUGUUCGACAGCGAUGUCCCUGCUGACGUGGAGUGGCCGAACAACUUCAAACUGAAGUGCAGCCCUCUGCAGAAGGCCCUCCUCCUCUUCGCACUCCGACCUGACAGCACUGUGGGUGCCCUGAUGAAUGUCGUGCAGGAAAAGCUGGGAACCUUCUUCUUGGAGCCACCUCCGUUGGAUUUGGAGGUUUGCUACAAGGACUCGACCCCUGCAAUUCCGCUCAUCUACAUCCUGGCCUCGGGCAGUGACCCCAUGGCUGAUAUCCAGAAGCUGGCUGAAGGGUUGGACAUGCUGGCAAAGAUCAACCCCAUCAGCUUGGGGCAGGGACAGGGUCCAAAGGCAAUCGCUGGCAUCAACGAGGGCUCACAGUCCGGCAAGUGGGUGCUGUUGCAGAACUGCCACUUGGCGCCCAGCUUUAUGCCCACCCUUGAAUCCAUCGUGGAGAAGUUUGACCCUGAGAGCAUGAACCAGGAGUUCCGCCUGUGGCUGACUGCAUGCCCUUCGCCUGCCUUCCCCAUCUCGAUUCUGCAGAUGGGCAUCAAGAUGACCAUCGAGCCGCCAAAGGGUCUGAAGCAGGCCUUACUGCGAGCAUACCUGGGCUUCGAUGAGGAGUGGUUCAACAGCUGUGACAAGCCAAGAGAGUUCCACAAGAUGCUCUUUGGCCUUUGCUUCUUCCAUGGUCUCAUUCUGGAGCGGCGUGGAUUCGGACCAGUCGGCUGGAACGUGGCUUAUGGUUUCUCUGAGCCUGACCGCGAGAUCUCGCGGCAGCAGCUCCGGAACUUCCUGAACGAGUUUGAGGGAGUGCCUUAUGCCGCGCUGAACUACAUGGGCUCAGAGGCCAACUACGGUGGCCGCGUGACAGACAAUCAGGACAGGCGGCUCAUCAUCACUAUACUGCAGGAUUUCUACACACCCAAGAUCCUGGAUGAUGAGUACAAGUUCUCGGUAUCCGGCACCUACUUUGCACCCAAAGCUCCAGACUCACUCAGCUUCUAUCUGGAGUUCAUCAGGUCACUUCCAAUCAGCACCACCCCCGAAGUCUUCUGGUUACACAACAACGCGAGUUUGACAGCCGCCAUCAACGAAGGGCUCUACAUCACCAAGAGCUGCCUGGCGCUAAUGAGCUCGUUCGGAGCAAGCUCGUCGGCAGAUGAUGACGAUGAAGGGGCCAAAGUCAAAACGCCUGAGGAGAAGUACUCAGAGAUCGCGAAUGAUAUUCACACGCGAGUUCCCGAAGCUUUUGACCUGGGACAUGCGCUUCGCACGUAUCCCGUCCGCUACGACGAAUGCCUGAACACGGUCCUUCACAUGGAGCUUGGGAAGUUCAACAGGCUGCUAAACCGCAUCAAGGGCACGUGCAGCAAUUUGAUCAAGGCGGUGAAAGGCUUGGUGGUCUUUUCGCCUGAGCUUGAGGCUGUGGCGGAAGGAUGUUUGACCAACGCCAUCCCAAGCCCAUGGAUGGGAGUGUCAUACCCUUCGCUGAAGCCGCUGCAGUCGUAUGUGGAUGACUUCCUUGGUCGGCUCAAGUUCAUGUCGAAUUGGAUCAAGGAAGGCAUCCCGUACAUGUUCUGGUUCUCGGCCUACUUCUUCCAGCAGGCUUUCCUAACGGGAGUGCUGCAGAACUUUGCCCGAACGGACAAGAUCGCCAUCGAUCGCUGCAUCUGGAAUUUCGAGGUCCUGAAGGCCGCCUUCAAGCCGGAGGAAUACCCCAAGAAGGGCGCCUACAUCAAUGGCCUCUUUAUGAGCGGCGCUCGUUGGGACGACGAUGCCAUGUGUGUGGAGGACUCCUUCCCCAAGGUCCUCUGGGCGGAGAUGUCACCGAUCUGGUUGAAGCCUGUUGAAAAGGCGCAGGAUGAGCAUGACUACGACAAGCUCUACAACGCGCCCAUCUACAAGACUUCUGAGCGCAAGGGUGUGUUGUCCACAAGUGGUCACUCUUCCAAUUUCAUCAUGUACCUGGCCAUUCCGCAUUCCUGCAAUGGCGUGCACAGUGAGGAGUUCUGGACAAAGCGAGGAGUUGCCCUCAUCUCCCAGCCUGAGAGAAUUUUCCUGCUUGCCUUUCCCAGGAUUGAUAGUGACCCUCUCCGCAGCCUUGAUUUGCAGAGACUGGAGGCCGAUCUUGCAUUGAAGCAGAGCUUGCUUGGCAAGCGGCUUCCCAGGGUGCGCAUGCUGUAUGCGCAAGAGGUGUGGGUGGCGGCCACCUUCCGUAAGGCGUGCCAACGAUUCAGUGACGCGGCCUUGGGCACCACCUGGGCGAACAGCGCCCGGACGGCCGGCUGGAUGCUGCGAACCUCUGAAUCGUUCCUACACGAGCUCCAGGAGAUGAGUGGCAGCGAGGAGGGAGAGGUUGCCUUUCUGUUCCUGGAUGAGCGUGGACAGCAUGCAGAGGAAGCCUUGGAGGAGCAACGCGAGAGAAAGGAGGAGGAGCAGCGGCGCUUGAGGGAGGAGGAGUUGAUGGAGGAGCGACGCGUGGCAAGAGAGCUUCGUGAAAUCGAGGAGCGACACCGGCGAGAACAGGCGGCCUUAGCCGCCAAAGCAGCUGCAGCGGCUCCCGAGGCUGCAAAGGUGCCUGGACAGAGAGCUGCUGGGCAUGGACAGGCCCGGCGUCGACGAAGCAAGGACCCAGCUGGUCAGGACUUUUCGCCUUCACGUGGAGGUGGGACCUACGACGGCACUGCAGGCACUUGGGUUGAUGGAGAGGAUCGUCGACCGCGACGAAGACGAAGGAGAAGGGACGUUGAUAGCACUACCGGCGGUGGCCAAGAUGGAUCUUGGCGUGCUUCCGAGAGGGACAAGAGGACGUGGCGUGACGAAAACUACUCCAGCCUGAGCUUGCUGCCAGAUGGCAGGGACACCUCAUCACCGGUUCCCUGGUUGACGGCUAGCCCUCAGGAAAAUGGUGAUGGUCCAGAUGGACUCAGCACUGUUCUGGAGACUGGGGAGAUGAAACGGGCGGAGGCACGCCCAGCUCGUGGACGGCGACGGCGAGAGCGCCGAGAAUUCAGAGAACGCGGGGACAGCUAUGAUGAGAACGACACCUGGGAGAGUGCCCAGAAUCGCAAAAGCCAGGAUGACAUGCAUCCUCAGCGCGUGCCGGUGGCUGAUGGGGCGAACUGGACGAG